UGCAUCGUACUGUAUUGGGGAGGAUGAGCUCGAGAGGAUGUUGGGUUCUGUUUUGUUUCUUCUCUCUCUUACAUUUCUCAGAGUCUUAUGAUCCUAUAGACCCAAAUGGGGACAUCGAGAUCAAGUGGGAUUUCCAAGAGCUCCGUGAUGACGGCGGAUACACGGUUCUGGUUAAUGUAUACAACAACCAACUUUAUAGACACGUAGAAAAACCAGGCUGGGCAUUGAGCUGGACUUGGCCGUCCGACGAAGUAAUAUGGGACAUGAGAGGUGCUGAGGCCACCAAGCAGGGCAACUGCUCUCGUUUCCGAGGGGACAACCUCCCUCAUUCAUGCGAGAAAAAUCCAGUAAUUGUCGAUUUGCUCCCCGGGGCUCCUUACAAGAUGCAAACACAAAACUGCUGCAGGGGAGGGGUGUUAUCGUCAAUGAUCCAGGAUGGAGAUAGGUACAUGUCGUCGUUUCAGAUGAGCGUAGGAGGGGAGAUGAAGGAUGGGGGUCCUUUGAGAGCAAAGCCUUUUAAUUUCGGUUUCGGGGUCGCUGGAUACACUUGCAGCAAUGUCACCGUCGUUCCUCCGACAAAGUUUAUGACUCCAAAUACCCGUCAUCAGAAGCAAGCCCUGAUGACGUGGCAGGUGACUUGUUCCUAUUCUCAGUUCAGAGAAUCGCUUAAGCCCACCUGCUGUGUUUCCCUGUCAACAUUCUACAAUGACACUAUAGUUUCAUGUCCUCGUUGCAGUUGUGGCUGUCAGGGACCUCCAUCCACAUCACAAUGUGCAAGGGAUGGUAGACUACCUGAUUUCUUACAGUUGCCUCACGAUGACGAUAAUGAACCAUCAGACCCUGUCGUGAUGUGCACUCAACAUAUGUGCCCGAUACGAGUACACUGGCACUUGAAAACUAACUAUAAAGAGUAUUGGAGGGUUAAAGUGACAAUCACCAACUUCAACUUAGUUAAGAACUAUAGUGAUUGGAAUUUGGUGAUACAACAUCCAAAUCUGAAGAGCUUAGUGCAGGUUUUCAGCUUUAACUACAAGCCUCUGAUCGAGUAUGGCAAUAUCAAUGACACAGGAAUGUUCUGGGGAAUCAAAUACUACAACGAGAUGCUGCUACAAGAGGGUGAAUUCGGCAACGUGCAGUCUGAGAUGCUACUGCACAAAGAUCCGGGCAGCUUCACGUUUCAGGGAGGGUGGGGUUUUCCUAGGAGUGUUUUGUUCAACGGGCAUGAGUGUGUCAUGCCGCCUCCAGAUACUUACCCUUCACUUCCACGAGGAAGCAAUGCGGUUUCUAUAUCGGGUUUUAGGGUUUCAUUUGGAUUGUUAUCAUUGUUUGUGUUCAGUGUGUGGAUAUUGUUAUAGAGAAAAAUAGCAUGACAUUUUUUUUUGGGUUCAGGGAUUGGAUGUU